UAUGGUUUGGGGCUACGAAGGUUAACAGGCAGUGCCGCUCGUCCAUGCUGGUAUCGUUGUGUAUUUCCAUGUUAUAUAUAGAUGACAGCAGUAACGCCUAAGAGUACCAACGUACACGAAACGCCUGUCAAGAUGUACCUAUGCUCUCUGGUGUAGAUGCUAACUCAUUAAGUGUGUGGGAACUGUUCAAACGGUAUUUCGAAGCGGGCAAGAUAAGUGGAAAUUAUUGUUUGGUAGUUAUGAGGGAAUUACGUUUUUACAUGUAUGCUACUGUAGAGAACUGUACGAGCUAUAUUCUGAAUUAAUGACGGGUUAUGUGCAGAAGCUGUUUUUAAAUCAAGAGUGAAGAGGUUAGAAACGAAAACGUUAGUAAAUCCUAAUAUAAUCUGAUAUUUAGUAUCUUCAUUAUGCUCAACAGAUCACACUCUAUGUCCGAGUUUCCUGUUUCAAAACUAGUCAGAACUGAAGAACUUAAACAUAAUGAUUUAGGACAACCUUUGAUCAAACAUUAUAGUUGUGAACAAAUAUUAUACGGUACUGACAAAAUCAAAAUUGAGCGGAUUGUUCAGGAAGUUCGUAUAACUACUGAUAAUAUUUCAAGUUGGAAUUCUUGGGCAGUGAAGUAUGAGAGCCCAGUAUCUUCACUGAAGAAUUUCUGUGAAGACCAGAAUAAGCAAAGUCAAGAGAAUCAUCAUGAAACCUUCUAUCCAGUGGAAAGGAAAAAUGAUAAUGUAGCAGGAUCAAAAGCUCUCCUCAGACCAUUGAGAUUACCACCAAGUAAUUCGACAGGCCAAAGAAAGGAUUCGGUGUUAUUUGUGUUCCUACCAAUCAUAUUUAUAGUUGCAUCUGUUAUAGCAUGUACUUCAGUGUAUUUGGCUUCAUAUCAGAGAGUUUGUAAGUUGACGUUGGAUAUAAAUGCUGUGAAAUCUGUGCUUGACAGUAGUUUGUUUGGUCAGGAGGAUGUAAUUUAUAAUAUGGUGUCCACUUUACAAAUAUUCUGUAGUACCAAAGAACCAGGAAUUGUAAUAAUGGCACUUCUUGGGGGAACAGGUGUUGGUAAGUCUUAUACCACCUCAAUUAUAUGUAACCUUUUUCCAUGGGGAAAAAAUGUUCAACAUUUUGUCCUGCCAUUUCGUUCCAAUUUAUUGCCUGUUUCUGAUGAUUAUGGAAAGUUCUCUUCCUGUGGUGACAAUCUGGUUGUAAUGGAUGGUUUGGUACCAAGUGACGUGGAUGAUACAAUAAAGUUUCUUCACAACCUAAUGAAUCAUAGUAAGGAACAUGGUAUCAGAGUUAUUGUUAUUCUUGUGUUCAGUAGUGAAGUUCAGAAGAUGAUCUUGGAGGGUUAUGGAAACUUAAAACACGAACUUCAAGUUAGUAAACAAAAAUUAAGCAGUGCUUUCCAAGAUGCUGGAUUAGAUGUCAGUUUGAUCACUUUUCAACCUCUCGAAAGGGAACAUAUUGUGAUGUGUAUUAAAGAAGCUCUAAGUCAGAAAGGGAUUUUAUGGUCAAGUACUGAGAUAGAACGAGUCAUGGUCCUCUUGCCUCAGGACACUGGAUGUAAAGGAGUUGCAAGCAAGGUUCAGCUAUUCAUCACUUCUGAUUGAAGGGAUAUCUAGAUUAGGAUCUCAAAAUGUGUUUAAUUGAAAGUGGUUACUGAACAUUCUAAUAAACACACAAGAUACAUGUUUACAUUUGAAAUGGAAUAUGAAAAUUUCUCAAAAUGUUUGAGUCUGUACAAAUAAUCAAAAUCUGAACAAUGUAAAACCAUUUUCUUUGUAGGUGCUAGACUUUAUUGCAUAGAAAGUGUUUGGAUUAGCAUCUUGUGAGUAACAAUGUUGAACAUGCUGAAGAUUUAAUGGGUUUAUUGUUUGGUGUAAAAAAUUCUGUUUUAUAAAGGAAAAUAGAAAUACAUUUUGGAAAUGUUUUUUAAUAUGUAAAAUUAGUGUUAUUCUCUGUUGAUUACCUAUUCAGUUUUAAUCAUUCUGCACAAUGCAUUUUCCAUGUACUUGUAAUACCACAUUACCAUGUUAUAUGAAAGACAUGGAAACAUAUAAAAGAUUGUAAAUGCAGUUUGAGAAUUACAAAGAUUUAAAUGUAAUGUUGGACUAACUGGUUACUGAAUAUUGGGAUUAAUUAAAAUAAAGUUGUAAGAAAACUCUUCAACAAUUUGUUUUAUAUUCUGCUUGUUUGUUUAAUUGAUUGAGAGUUUUAUUAUUGUACCUUUGAAAAACACUGUGAAAUAAAGUGCUACAAAGACAUC